AGUCCCUUGGUAUCACCUGCCCAGACUGGCCAUCUCUGGGCCUAUAGAGAGAUGCUGCCUGUGGCAGUGGGACCACCACCGGUGGGGUCACCAACAAAGAGGCAACACCAAAGGGAAUCGCCCCAUUGGGGGAGCCACUUCAGGGAUAGCGAGGGCCAGGGCCAGGCUCCCUGGCCUAGAAUUGUAUUUGUAUGUGUUAGUGGUGGGUGGGCUUUUCUAUUGUGGCUUCUGUUUUAAGUAAGUCCUGGAUGGGAUUGUUUUAUAAUGUGUCUGGGUUUAUCUGGAGAUGGGGAGACAUCUACUGACUAUUGGGCAGCUAUUUUGGUGGUGGUGGGGAAUAGAACAAAUAAGUAACGUUGGCAGGUCAGUGGGCCAUUAUAGGGGAAGGGAAAUCAGGAAUCUUAUAGCUGUUUCUCCUUCUGGCUGUCCUGUGAGCUCUUUGACCUUGGGAAGCAGUGCCAACUGUCCACAAAGCCUCACCUUGCUCCUUUGUAAUGCCAGAUUGGUCCAGAAUAACUCAGAAAACAUCCAUGAUUUGAUUCUGGAUGAAGGGGCCGACCUGGUAUGUAUUACAGAAACUUGGUUGGAGGAGGCUGGUGGCCUAGUCUGGUCCCAGCUUCUCCCUUCAGGGUACUCUGCUGAGGAGCAGAUGAGAGGACGUGGGCAGGGAGGUGGAAUGGCUGUGGUCUAUAAGAGUAACAUCUCCUUUACCAGGAUCCCUGUUGAAGUGUCUGACCAUAUCAAAUGUGUGUACUUGAGUUUGGGGACCAGGGAUAGACUGGGACUUUUGUUGGUGAACCAAUCAUCCCACUGCCCAACAGAGUCCCUAACUGAGCAGACGGACUUGGUCUCCGACCUGGCAUUAGAGUCCUCCAGGCUGUUGGUGCUGGGGUACUUCAAUGUUCACUUUGGGACCAAUUUGUCUGGAGUAGCUCAGGAGUUCAUAGCAGCCAUGAGAACUAUGGGCCUAUCCCAAGAGGUCUCAGGUCCUACACAGAUUGCUGUUCACAUGCUUGAUCUGGUCUUUCACUCUGAUCAGGGUGGUGUUCCAUGGGUGGGGACUCCUGUGGCUUUCCCAUUGUCAUGGACAGACCACCAUCUGGUUAAACUUGGACUCACAAUCACGUCCAGCCUCUGCAGGGGUGAGGGGCAUAUUAGGAUGAUCCCACUGGGACGUUUUUUAAUGAGAUUUGUGGAUUCUCUCGUAUUCAGGCCGACUUAGAUUCAGAUCCCUCAAUUACAGUUUCAGAUCCCAAAUCACAGUUUGAUGCAGGGGUGUCCAGCGACUCCUCUUAUGUGGUUAGGCUGGAUCAGUUUCAGUUUGUGACUUCUGAGGAUGUGGACAAGCUGCUUGGAGCAAUGUACACUUUGGAACCAAUUUGUCCAAGCAAUUGGGAAACCUGCGAUAGGCAAGGGACGAUUGUACAUGAAACCACUGGGAGAGAUCAUCAGGAUAUUUGUUGCUGGGUGUUAUCAGUGUGGUGAUGACACCCAAAUCUAUUUCUACAUGUCAACAUGAUCAGGAAAAGGCAUGACCUCCUUAAAUGCCUGCCUGGAGAUGGUAAUGGGCUAGAUGAGGGAUAACAAACAGGCUGAAUCAAGAUUUGUCUACUUUCCCUUCCUUCUUUGCCCUCCCAUGUGAUUGGAUCCAGAGUACAAUCUGGGCAACUCAUUUGAAAUCUGUGGAAAUCUGGGUGGAAUUUAGCAGCCAGGUGGAGGAGCCAAAAUCUGGGGGCUACCUUACAUUUCAGGGGACUUGGCAAGGCUAUCCUCCAUCCUCCUCUUUGGAAAGAGCCAUCAAUGAAGAAGGGGCAUGCACACAGCACUCCAUGUACCACACCACCAUUCAAUUUUGUGACAAGAACUGGGAAAGUAUGGCAGACCUGAAGAACAAGCUUCACCCUCUCCAAAAACACCUAAGCCAUCAAACAAGAGUUGGAUUGUGUGUACAUACACAACUAGUUGACAUAUACAGUGAGUAAAGAUGGCAAGUUGUCUUCCAAGUGCAACCAGCUCCUUUCACUACCUAAUACAAAGACAGCCAUCAAGUCAGAAGGAAGCAGCAUUCCCAUUGAACACCAUGUCCAUACUACACACUAUAAGAACAGCGUCUUAAAAUCAAGUAAAUUUAUUGUCUUCACAACUGGAAACAUUGUGAGGUUAGAACUACAACCCUGUGCUCAUCUAUUGGGGAAUUAAUCACGCUACCUUUAGUGGGAUGUGUUUGUGAGUAAAUUUGCGAAUCCUGAAGAUUUCCUUUUGAAAAAAAGUUAAUAAAGUACUUGUUAGUAAAUACCCCAAAUUUUGCUUCUAUGUUUUAAAUAUAUUUUAAAUCAAUAUUAUUUUCUCUGGCAUUCAAAGUUUGGCUUUGUAUAAUGUUCAAAUCACUACCCAACAGAUCCAAUGGUAAAAUAAAUUCAAAAAAUGCAUGAGAAAUGAAAUAUAUUAACCCUGACUAUUAUAAUUAACAGAAUCAUAUAGAAAUAUAGUGUAAAAUGAUCUGAAACUAAGAUCCUAUUUUUGUUGAAUUUUUUUUACGACAUGUAAUAAAUUCUCUUCAUAAGGCACUUCAGAAUCUUCUCUUGGGAUGUAAUAUAUCCAGAUUCUUUUGCAAUCUAAAAAGUCUCUGGGAUUACUAUUACUAUAUUAUUCUAUGAAUUAUAAUAAUACAGCAAUAUGCUGUAGGGAGGUUAAACAUCUUAUAGAUUAAUUUUUUGAACACUGAAAUGAGUAACUUUAAUUCUGUUCUGUUAUAGUUUGUUAUUACUUGAAAUUGUAAUUGUGUUAUAAAUGGGCAUAAAUAAUAUCUAGCUAUGCAGAGGACUGAGCUGUAAAUAGCCUUGUUUUACCAAAAUGAAUCUGUUAUGAGCAAUAUACUAACACAAUCUAUUGUUAUUCAGACAUUACAUGGUAUGUGCAUACA